GACCAGAGGUUUGACUAGUCGGCGAGCUAAAUUUGUUGCGUACACAAUCCGCAAUCGUAGCGAACCUUCAAAAGCUUCAAACCCCUCACGUCUCAAAUAUCUAAAACACGCAGAAGCAACGAGCGAGGUCAUGCACAAUUUGCUUUCCCUAUUUUCUUCGAAACUCAUUCGUUCAAGGAAAGAUUACGAAACUGGAGAAAAUCAAAUCAUGGUCAAGGAUUUAUAUUACGCCAAAGACCGACGGCGGAAACACCAUCGCGAUGGGUGGAGGGGAAUCCAACAAUAUGCCGACCAUAAGGGGGACUCCCCUAUCUUCGAUCGCGGAGGCAUUUGAGGAGCUUGAGACGAUUCUCAAGUACAGUGGUGCUCAAGGAGAGCUUCGAUUGAAUAAGUUCUGUGAUGCCUGUUCUCUUGUCUCUGUCCUGUUCAAUUGCCUUGGCAUCGCUUUCAAAUUUGCCGAGUUGGAGUACGUCGCCAAGGUACGUGAUCUUGUGGAGGCAUCAGAGAGAUUUGACACUUUACAAAACAUCGUUGACCUCGAUGUUGCAAAUGGUACGGUGAGAACUCAUGGAAGCCAUUCACGGAAUCUUCGUCGAGUUAGGCAGGGCCUUGACCUUAUCAGAGCUUUGUUUGAGCAAUUUUUGUCCACUGAUGAUUACUCUUUAAGGGAAUCAGCUUCAACAGCCUAUGCCAAAGUUUGCGCACCAUACCACACUUGGGCGGUGAGGACUGCCGUAUCUGCUGGAAUGUAUGCUCUUCCAACAAGAGAGCAACUUGUCCUAAAGCUCAAUGAAACUGAUGAGUCAGUCGAGAAAAGGAUGAGAAGGUAUAUCAAGGCUUCACUUCCAGUUAUAGAUUAUAUUGAUAAGCUCUACAUAACUCGAAACAUCACCUUGGACUGGUGAGUUUUGUAGUCUGUUGGAAAGUUGAGAAUUAACUCUGUUUAUGAUUUAGCCUUUUCAUUAAGAGAAUACAAGAAUGGUGGUUUGUAGAUAAACAUAUGUAGACCAUAAUAUUUUUUAUGCAUGUUUCUAACCAAUUCGAUGACUAA